AUGGCACUGCCAGCUUACAAGCUCUACGGGUCGGAUGGUUCGCCCUACAGCUGCAAAGUGAGAGCAGCCCUGCGCUUCCUUCGCAUCGCCUACGAGUGGACACCUGUCUUCCAAGUGGCUGCGCACUCGGGCGAGCUGUUUUCCAAACAUUUCCCGGACAUCAAGACCAAAGUGAUCCCAGUGUUGGUGAGGCCGGACGGAACGUAUGCCAACGACUCUACACCACUCCUGCUUGAACUCCAAGCUCAGCACGGCAACACCCGGCGGAGCCUCUUCCCUACUUCCGCUGGGACCCGCUUCCUCUGCGCACUCCUAGAAGACUUCGCCGAUGAGUGGCUUACGAAGGUCAUGUUCGAGGGAAGAUUCCACACGCUCGAGGAUGCCAAAUUUGGCGCGGCCUGGCAAGUGCUCCAGAAUCCUCUCCAAGCCAACAACACUGACGAAGCAUUGCAAGCAAUUGACAUGUUUGCCGCCCGGCAGCGCGAGCGGCGGGCAUUGGUCGGGUGCUCCGACUGGACUUGUAUGGAGAAGACCCUGCGAGGCGUCUGCAGAGCCCUGGAGGCCAACCUACGACGAGGCAUGGCCUUCAUCUUCGGGAGUCGUCCCACUGCAGCCGACUUCGCUAUCUACGGCCAGCUGCGCCAGCUGGCGACGGACCCGCUCCCUUCGAGGAUCGUGAUGGAGUACCCGAGUGUAUGGGCCUGGGUUUUCCGAGUGGAAGACCUUUCUGGGUAUCCGGAUGAAACAGAGCCGAGCCCGGGCACUCCCACUGCUCAUCCAGGCAUGCUGGACUUAUUGAAGCUUUGUGGCUUGUGCUACAUACCUCUACUCCUCGACAACGAGAAGGCAAUCAGUGAGGGACGCCGCGAGAUCCGCGUCCAUAUCUUCGAAGGUGCGCAUCUGCACUGCCAGCCAACCUUCAAGUACCAGCUCAAGUAUGACGAGCUACCUUGGGCUGACAAGGCAGAAGUAGACGCAAC